CGCGGGUGAUUCGCUCCUCACACUCGUGUGCAAAAUGAUUGAGGAAUCGCGUGGUGUUGGCCACGAAAUUGUUGAUCAGCAGCAAAGACUUGGCCGCGGGGAUGGAUGGCAGUUGCGACAGGUCCACGGGCAGUUCGGCGUCUUCCUCGGGAGGCGGCGCAGCGGGUGAAGACGACGUCACCAGCGCCGACGAAGUGGACAUGGGCGCCAUGUCUGGGGAAUUGAAGAAUGGCCCGAACAGCCAAUCAGAGAGCGAUAAUUAUCUGAAUACUUUUGUGACCAAUCAGAAGUGACUAUUUUAAGGAUUACGGCCCAGCUUCAAAUGACGCGAUCUUUUCGAGAUGGCUACAUGACUUGCACUGGUAAGUGCUCUGUUUCAUGUCGGUUUAUAAAAAAAACUCCAAGACGCGUGCGAUGGACCAAUCUUGUCGGGAAAUGUGCUAUUUCUAGAGAGAUUUCGCAACGGAUACGCGGUACAGACACUCUACAAGAAGGUGAGCUCACAUCACUUCCAGGUCAUCUGUAGUGAUGGUGUGGCUGUUGCUGUUCGCCGUCCUUUCUGGCGGGUGGUAUCAUGAGCUCGUCAUCGCUGGGAAAUACCCUGUCGGACCAAACUACUAUCUAGGAACUUGUCUGGAUUCGGCUUGGGUUGCGCAGAUGGAAGCUCAACUGGGCGUCUCCAGCAAAGCCCGCGACUCCAGUGGCCGACUUAUUAAUCCACUCCUGCAGCCAGCUCUCAAGUAUCCACGAUACACAGUCGAUGAUCCACGAACAUCAUCAGCAACAGCGUUUAGUGAUAGCUGCAUACCCAAGGAUAACGUUUUCUAUGGAGCUGACCAGGAUGCAGACGGUAACACUCGGGGCAACGUGAAGGGUACUCUCGUAUUGGACAUAGGUGACUGGGAUACACAUUGGCUCUCGUCACUGGUCGUGGCAAUUCUCGCAGAAGAAGUGGUCGGGUACAAGGUCUCAAUUAGCGUCGGUGGUGCAAGUGCAGAUGUCACUCAACGCAUGUCGUCUGCAAGAACGGGUAUAUGCACUCCAACUCAUUUGAACGCCGAGGUUUGGUCCUCUGGUACGAUUUCAGCUCUGCGGGUCUAUUUCAACGAAAGUUUCUUUGUCGGUGGUAUCGGGUAUUUCGGACUCUCCGGUUUGUACACUACUCACGAAUUGGUUCUCGACGGAGCCGCUGCAACACCACCAUACUUUCCAGAUUACUGGAUGACCUACAAAAUGAGCGACACUCUAAUUGAUCAGUUGGAUGUGGUUUCUUUUAAGAGCGACGCGACUUUCUACCCUCCUGCAAAGAAUUACUGUCUGGACGGUAUUCUGGGCUGUGAAAACUACUGUUCAAAAUCCCAAGCGUGCACUGAGCGUGAAAAUGCUGGCAAUGGUAAAAAGUGCCUGGUCGUGGCUAUGAUGACACCGUACUUCGAUCAAGGUUACUUUCAAGCUGUGCUCUCCAAUUUAGAGAUUCCUGCCUACUUCUGCUUCAUCGGUUAUGGCGGAGUCAACAGAUAUGCAGCAGAUGCAGCGGCAAAUGGGAAACCAGUACUAUUCUACCAUUACGAGCCUGAUCUGUUCCACAUUAAACACAAGGGGGACUUUAAUCGGGUAUUCUUGCCACGUACUGACCCCGAACGCGUUAAAUUGUCGACGGGAAACUACGGUGAACAUGGGUACGGUAACAAGACAGACAACCCUGUAGAUGUAGAUUAUCCAAGCCUUCCGCUCACCAAAUUUGCGGCUUCCAUAGUGAAGGAUCUCCCUGCCGUGACACGACUGAACCAUCCCCGUAUUUUCGAGCGGCAUGCAACUGGGUAA